AUGACUGGUAACAACAGCAAAACUCUCGCUGUGGCCAACGACAACAAACAUCCAACUCUGAUUAAAGGCGAUCUAGAGUUUCAGUUCCCGAACACCGACGGCGUUUCUGGAGACAAGCGGCAGGCAGCAGAAACUGUCUCGGAAGAUCGACACCCGGUGUCACUGGGCAGGGAAAACACCGACGCGAUGUGCACAGGCGCCACCAAGAGGUUCUUCUCCCAGAGCCCAAAGGUGAUUUCUCCCUCCCCGGGCCACCCUGUGAUGCUCGGGCACCCUGAGAGUGUCGCUCCGACCUUUACCCGUGCCGGUGCGCACACACCCCAGCCUUGCCUGGGCGGCCUCGGCCCCCUUACCUGGCGGCAGCAGGUGCGGGCAGUGCGGGCUCCCCGGGCCCUGCCCCGCAGCUCCAGGCCGGAGCGGCGCGAUGCGGGCACCGCGCCCACGCUUAAAGGGCCGGGGCGGAACGGGGCAGCGGCCCCAGGGGGGUGUGACCUUAAAUCGCGCCGUGCCCUGGCGGGUCCGCGGCGAGCACCCAAGGUCUGCGAUGCCUGCAAAAACAAAAAUGAAGACGAUAAUGACAUCGUGGAAAACCUCUGCAAAAAUGACUUCGCCUUGAAGAUAAAAGUGAAGGAGAUUGCCUACAUCAAUGGGGAUACCAAGAUCACCCCCGAAACAAAGAGCAAAACCAUCUACAAGCUGAAUGGGCUGACGGAAAGGGAUCUGAGGAAGAUUGUGCUCUGGCUCAAAGGUGGCCUCCAGUGUACCUGUGACGAGAUGAAUGACAUCAACGUCCCCUACUUGGUGAUGGGGCAAAAGCAAGCUGGGGAACUGGUGAUCACCUCGCUGAAGCGGUGGCAGAAAGGGCAGCGGGCUUUCAAGCGGUUCUCCCGCAGCAUCCGCAAACUGCAGUGUUAGUGGCUUUGCCUCUGGCCACCCCCAGUGGCCACUUCUGUCCCGAGCUCUCUGGGCCUCCCGCACCUUCCUGAUUCAGCCCCUCCAAGCCUUGAGAUGCCACAGUCACCGGUCUCCAAGAGGGGAGGGAGCCCUCUGGUUUUGUACAUAGGUUAAAAUGUAAUGAAAAAAAAAAAAUCAUGACUAUUUUUGAGAAGUAUUAAAGUAUCUCGCUUAAAGCUUUUUUUUUUUUUUUUUGUUCCAUGGUUGCAAAAGUGACUUUGGUCUGAGGUUUUUCCCUCUUCAUUUUGGUAAUGCUGGUUCAUUUAUAUUGCUGCUUCUCUGUAUACGUGCAUGUUUGUUGUGCAAAAGUAGGAGAUGCAGAAAAAGACAGCCACUGUGUGACUGGCCUGUUGCAGUGGGUACGACUCUUUCACCAAGGUGACAUGGCUUGCCAUCUAUAUUAACACUAGAAAGGUCAUGUUUCAACUCUUGCGUGUGACACAUAGGCACUGGUAAGGGCAUAUUAACCAUUCCCACAUUUCAUUUUCCACAAGUCUGAGCCCUUCUCUCUCAGAAAAAGAAAAAUGAACACAUUUUGGAGCUGGUUGAUCUGAACGCAACUUUCUAUUAUUAUUUUGCAAAUUAAACCAUCUGUAGCCUAACUGUAAUAUACCUAGUGGUUAACCAGAAAGAGUUGUAAAAUAUUGCUUUAAUUAACCUUGUAAAUACUCCAGAUAAAUGUUAUAUUCUUGUAUAUAAACUUUACAUCAUAGUUUA